CCCACCUCAGUGCAGACUUUGAGCCAGUCCAAUGGAGAGGUCAGCAGUCCUCACGAGACUUCAGGAAGAAGUCAAGUGCCCCAUCUGCCUGGAUAACCUGAAGGACCCGAUCACCAUCGACUGUGGGCACAACUUCUGUCACUCCUGCAUCCAGCAGUCCCAGGCAGAUCUGCAAGACGGUUACCGUUGUCCUGUCUGUCGCCAUCAGUGUGAUGAAGGGCACUAUAAGAUCAACACCCAGCUGGGAAGGAUGAUUGAAACUGCCAAGCUCCUCCACCUCAGCAGGAGGAAGAGGAAGAGGCAGAGCAAGAUGAGCCUGUGUGAGAAACACGAAGAGGUCCUGAGCCUUUUUUGUGAGGAGGACCUGGAGCUGUUGUGUUCCCUCUGCGCUGGGCCCCCAGACCACCAGGGCCACUACCUGAGGCCCAUCAAGGAGGCUGCCUCUUAUCACAGGGGAAUGCUUGAAAAUUACAUUGAGCCCCUGAAGAGGCAAGUGGCAGAUGUUCAACAAUUAAUAAGCAUUCAAGGCAAUAAAUGCCUUGAGCUGAGGGAGCAGAUGGAACAUCAGAAACAGAGAUUAUCCUUUGAAUUUGAACAACUGAACCAAUUUUUAGAGCAAGGAAAACAGGCAGCUCUAGCAAGGUUAGUUGAAGAAGAGAAGGACACUGAACGGAAACUCAGUGAAAACAUCACAGCAUUUUCAAACUAUGCUUCCACACUCAAAGGUUUACUAAGCAGGGUCACAGAGCACAAUGUGUUGUCUGAGGUGGAACUGCUGUCACAGAUGAAGCAUUUCUACCAGAAGUCCGACAAUGAGGUCAGCCCACCAAUCUUUUCAAUUCAUUUAAGGAGGGAAGCUUACAAUUUUCCUCCCCAGUAUUCUGCUCUGCAGAAAAUAAUUAGAGAGUUCAAAGCAGAUAUAUUUCUAGACUCUGCAACAGCCCACCGUAACCUGAUUGUCUCUGGGGAUAAAAAAUGUGUCCGACACACAAAGAGAAAACAAAACGUCCCUGAUCUUCCAUCUAGGUUUACAGUCAACCCGGUUGUCCUGGGUUUUCCAGCUUUCUAUUCUGGGAGGUAUUUCUGGGAGGCGGAAGUGGGAGACAGAUCUGAGUGGGCUAUUGGCGUCUGCAAAGCCUCUCUGUCCACCAAGGCAAGGCGACCAUCAGUCCAGCAGGGAUGCUGGAAGCUUCAGCAACUGAAAGAUGGCUAUGAAGCUCCAGGAGCUGUUCCAGACCCUCUGCUGUUAGAUGUGAGAGCCAGAUGCAUUGGCAUUUUCCUGGACUAUGAGCUGGGUGAGAUCUCCUUCUACAAUAUGCCUGAGAAAUCUCUCAUCUGUACUUUCACAGACACUUUUACUGAACCUCUGCGUCCUUAUUUCUUUAUAGGACCUGGUUCAAAACCUCUCAGAAUCUGUUAA